UCUUCCUGCUCCUUUAGGCCAAAACCAUGGAGGAAGGCGAUUCACCAAAGCACACCAAGCUUUACCGAUCCUCCUCUACUACCCGGGAGGUCCCUGCGUCAUUGUUGGAAGGUGCGACGGCGACUUCAUCAUCCGGCGGUAGUGCUGUUUUCAUCCCGGAGUUGGACAUUGGCUCCACCGGUCCCGAGGACCUCACUUCUUCAUCGGGUGGCAAUGAUCCAGGUUUGGAUUCUUCCAUUGCGGUCGCUAGAGAAAUGGAAUAUGCCAUCUACGAGAUCAGUAACCCAAGUUCGUCGGCCAACGGCGAUGAGACGGGAUCGAAAUCCAUUGAACCUUUUGCUGACUUCACGCCUCCCACUUCUUCUUUGGUCGAUGACGAGCUGCUUUAUAUGAAUUCGGAUUCCGUUGUUUCUGAUGACGGAAAUUGUUCUCUCAACGAGCCAGACUUAGGGUUGGAAGACGCAGUUUUAACGCCAGAGCCGGAGUCAUCCGCCGGAGUCACUGUAAUGUCCUCGAGCCUAUCGCCGUCUCAGUCAUCGUCCUGUCUCCAGCCGUCGGACUUCCAUGUCUCUUAUGAUGGCCGGAACCAUUCUUCGGGAGUCAGUGAUCAUUCCGCUUAUUCUCCUCCCUCCGAGUUGACUCUGGAUGAGUCGGGUAUGGAAUCCUUUAUUUCUGUGGCUCCACCUACUGCAACGCCGGCUUCCCACCGCAGCCGUCGUCCAUUCGAUCAGAUUUUUUCCAUAGUCAGCAAGGGAUCGCGCAGUUCUACUAUUGGAUCUCUGAGAAGAACUUUGACACAGCCCCUGAUGCCCGACGUACCCACGAAGCUCGCGCGUCUGCUUGACUUAGCAAUCAGCGGUGAUAGUGCAUCCCUGGAGGAUCUUAAGGGCGUUGUUUCAAAGGAAGGGGGCAACUCGAGAUCAGUGGUGGACGCGCUUCUUGCGACGAUGGGCGGAGUUGACGGUUUCGAUGAGAGCAGAGGAAGAAAUUCUGGUGAUCCUCCUAGCAUAAUGCUCAAUUCCCAUGCAGCCAUCAUCGCUGCCAAACUCAUUCCCUGGCUUCCUUAUGAAGGGGAUUCGAGGACCUCUGAAUCUCCGAGAUCUAGAAUGGUUAGGGGGUUGCUUGCCAUCUUGGAAGCAUGCACUCGAAACCGUGCAAUGUGCUCCAGCUGUGGCUUGCUCUCAGCUCUCCUAGAGUCUGUAGAGCGGGUUUUUGAGUUCGAUAAUUUUUUUUGGGGCGGUGCUUCAUUGUGCCAAUGCAUUCAGUUAAUUGCAGGGCAUUCUGCGACUGUUGCUGAUCUGAAUCAAUGGCUUGGUUUAGUUAAGAAAACUCUUAACACUGAGUGGGCAGCUCGGUUGAUGCUUACAUUAGAGAAUGCCAUGCUUAGUGAAGAAAUGAGAGGUCCGGCAUUUUCCUUUGAAUUUGAUGGUGAGAGCUCUGGUUUGCUUGGCCCUGGGGAGAGCCGGUGGCCUUUUUCGAAUGGAUUUGCAUUUGCUACUUGGAUUUAUAUUGAGUCUUUUGCUGAUACCCUGAACACUGCAGCAGCUGCAGCUGCCAUUGCUGCUGCCGCUGCUGCAAAGUGUGGCAAGUCUUCUGCCAUGUCUGCAGCAGCUGCUGCAACUGCAAUUGCUGGGGAAGGGACAACCCAUAUGCCUAGACUAUUUAGUUUCAUAUCAUCAGACAACCUUGGUUUUGAGGCUUACUUCCACGGCCAAUUCUUGGUGGUGGAGAGUGGUGGCGGAAAGGGAAAUAAGGUUUCUUUACAUUUUACUCAUGCUUUUAGGCCCAAAUGCUGGUAUUUUAUUGGCUUGGAGCACACUAGCAAACAGGGCUUGAUGGGUAAAGCAGAAAGUGAGCUGAAAUUGUAUGUGGAUGGACACUUGUAUGAGAGCCGUCCAUUUGAACUCACAAGAAUAUCAAAACCUCUUGCUUUUUCAUGCAUUGGGACAAAUCCACCUCCCACAAUGGCUGGUUUGCAGCAAAGGAGGCGGCAAUGCCCCUUAUUUGCGGAGGUUGGCCCAGUUUACAUAUUCAAAGAACCAAUUGGUCCGGAGAUAAUGAUUCGAUUGGCAUCUAGGGGAGGAAAUGCACUUCCUUGUUUUGGGAAUGGCGUAGGAUCACAUUGGAUUGGAAUGAAUGAGUAUACAAGGAAUCUGGCUGAAGAGAGUUUGACACUUGAUGCUGAAAUGGAAGGAAGCUUGCACCUUCUUUACCAUCCUAGUUUACUCAGUGGCCGGUUCUGCCCAGAUGCUUCACCUAUUGGCGCAGCUGGUAUUCAUCGAAGACCAGCUGAAGUCCUCGGUCAAGUUCAUGUUGCAACUCGAGUUCGCUCAUCUGAAUCUUUAUGGGCUCUUGCUUAUGGUGGUCCAAUGGCUUUACUUCCACUAACUGUAAGCAAUGUGAAGAUGGACAGCCUUGAGCCCAUCUUUGGUGACUUUUCUCUCUCGCUUGGGUGUGCUUCAAUUUCAGCCUCGAUACUAAGAAUCCUCUGCAUUGCAACCCAACAUACCGGAAACAAGGAGGAAAUAUGCCGUUGUUGGGCUCCAGAGAUCUUGUCGAGAACUCUCUAUCAUUUACUGCAUUCUAUUUCUGUUAUGGAACUAAGGAAGCAAAACGUGCUUUAUGAUGAAGAACUCCUUGUUGCUGUUAUAUCUCUGUGUCAGGCUGACAAAAAUAAUCAUUCGCAAAAGGUGCAACUUUUUAGUACCCUCCUUUUGGAUUUGAAAGCAUGGAGCUUGUGCAAAUAUGGUUUACAGAAAAAGCUCUUAUCAUCCCUUGCAGACUUGGUGUUUACAGAGUCUUUAGCAAUGCGUGAUGCCAAUGCCCUGCAACUUCUUCUUGAUGGAUGCCGAAGAUGCUACUGGGUAGUCCCUGAAAUGGACUUGUUUGAUUCAUUUCCUAAUCUGGAAACUAGGCCUGCCAGCGAAAUUAAUCUACUGGUAGAUGAGCUUAUGGUAGUCAUUGAGCUCUUGAUUGGGGCUGCACCUUCCUCGCUGGCUUCUGCUGAUAUGAGAUGUUUAAUUAGCUUUCUAAUUGAAUGUCCACAAUCAAAUCAGGUGGUAAGAGUGUUGCAUCUUAUAUAUCGAUUGGUCGUGCAGCCAAACUCAGCUAGGGCUGAUGUGUAUGCACGAUCAUUCAUUUCUUGUGGAGGGAUAGAGGCCCUUAUUUUUCUUCUACAGAGAGAAACAAAGAUUGAGGAUGAUGGUAAACUUCCAGAAAAAUCAAGCUUUCUCUACGCUGGAAAUUUAGUGGAAAAGGCCUUCUCUGUAGAAUCUGCUAUCACAAAAGAUGGGAGUGAAGAGAGCCUAGAAAAAACAGUGAUUGAUUAUAAUAAACUUCAUUCAUUCCAGCAGAAGGGAAAUGACUUGCAUGAAGAGAGCAUGCAUUGUGGUUUGAGUAAUAAUGGAAAUAAUAUUAAAUGUCCGCUUGAAACAAAUGCCAAAGGGUCAUGGACAUCUGAGAGUGAGAUAUCCAACGCUAUUGGGAGCAAUAGUUUGCCACUAAAUUCUUACAGUUUUGUUAAUUCACAUAAUAUUGACGGUGAAGAUGGUAUUUUUGUUGGAAUAAUCAAACUUUUCGGUGCCAUUAUUUCAUCUAGUUAUUUGGAAGUCUUACAGUGUUAUAGCCUUGCAAGUUUGCCAGACAAAACACAAAGUGGUGGAUUAGGCAGUGCCAUAUCUGGUGACAAGAUCUCUCUUUUAUUAUUUGCAUUUCAUAAGGCUUUGCAAGCAGCUCCGUUCAGGCUUUUGACGAUCAAUACCUACAAGACUUUGCUAUCUGCUGUGAUUAAUAUCCCGUCAUCUGAUGUCGGCCUGAAAUUGUUUGACUCUGGUCACCGCUUUGAGCAUGUGCAACUUUUGUUGGUGCUUCUCCGUUCCCUUCCAUAUGCAUCAAGGGCAUUUCAAGUUCGAGCUCUCCAGGAUCUUCUCUUUCUGGCUUGCAGUAAUCCAGAAAACAGAAAUUGUUUGACUUCCAUGGAAGAAUGGCCUGAGUGGAUUUUAGAAGUUCUAAUAUCUAACUAUGAAGUAAUGGAUGGAUCACUAAAAAAUUCAAAUGAUGCAUCUAUCGGUGAGAUUGAAGAUCUCAUUCACAACUUCCUAAUCAUCAUGCUAGAGCACUCGAUGCGGAGAAAAAAUGGAUGGAUGGAUAUAGAAGCUGUGAUUCACUGUGCGGAAUGGCUAGCGAUGGUUGGUGGAUCGAGUGCUGGGGAUCAAAGAAUCAGGCGUGAAGAAUCACUGCCUAUUUUCAAGAGGCGACUGCUAGGUGGUUUGUUAGAUUUUGCUGUUAGGGAGCUUCAGGUUCAGACUCAAGUUAUUGCAGCAGCAGCUGCUGGUGUUGCUGCAGAGGGAUUGUCUCCAGAAAAGGCCAAAGAAGAAGCAGAAAAGGUUGCUCAUCCUUCUGUUUUUUUGGCUGAGAAUGCAAUUGUGAUUUUGAUGAUCGUGGAAGAUCAUUUACGUACACAAGCGCAGGAUUUCUGUUCUUCAAAAUUUGUUGCUCAGCGCUCAAGGUCUGCAGGAGCGACUUCUGGAGCAUUUCUUGAAACUGCUGGAUCCAGAAUGUCAGUAUCACGCAAUAACAGUGCAGGGCUUUCCCUGGAUCUUCUUGCUUCCAUGGCUGAUGAAAAUGGGCAAAUUUCUGCUUCUGUUAUGGAGCGCCUCACUGCAGCGGCAGCAGCAGAGCCUUAUGAUUCUGUCCGCUGUGCUUUUGUAUCGUAUGGAAGUUGUUAUUUGGAUCUUGAAGAGGGUUGGAAAUAUAGGAGUAGACUGUGGUAUGGUGUUGGCCUUCCCCCCAAAACAGCGACUUUUGGUGGUGGGGGAAGUGGCUGGUCGUCAUGGAAAUUUGCUUUUGAAAUGGACUCGAAUGGAAAAUGGAUUGAUCUUCCCCUAGUUCAGAAAUCGGUUGCCAUGCUUCAGGCACUUUUACUAGAUGAAUCUGGGCUCGGUGGUUGUAUUGGUAUGGGCGGCGGAUUAGGGAUGGGAAUGGGAGGAAUGGCUAUGCUUUACCAGUUGUUGGAUAGCGAUCAGCCGUUUCUUUGCAUGUUGCGUAUUGUCCUUGCUUCAUUGAGAGAGAAUGACUGCGGAAAAGAUGACAUAAAUGUGGAGGAAAUAUGCCUGAAAGAUGACUUACCUGGAUUUACAUAUAGUGGAACCCAUGGUGCAAUGGAAAAGAGAAACAAGAAUUAUUUCUCCUCAAGGAAUCCUUGCUCAACAUUGCUAUGGAGUGUUCUUUCACCAAUUCUUAACAUGCCGAUUGCUGAAUCCAAGCGACAAAGAGUGCUGGUUGCAUCGUGUAUUCUUUAUUCUGAGGUAUGGCAUGCUGUUAGCAAGGACAGAGUAAUUCUACGCAAAGAAUAUUUAGAGGCAAUUAUUCCAGCAUACAUAGCAAUCCUAAGACGAUGGCGACCUCUCUUGGCUGGAAUUCAUGAAUUUACUUCUCCAGAUGGUCUAAAUCCUCUUUUUGUUGACGACCAUGCGUUGGCAUCGGAUACAAUGCCUAUAGAUGCCGCUCUCUACAUGACAUCCACUCGGUGGGCUGCUGCUUUUGCGUCCCCUCCUGCUGCAAUGGCACUAGCAAUGGUCGCUGCAGGUGUUGGUGGUGACACUAGAAGACCUGUCAAAUUUUCAGCACCUAAGCAUGACCCAUCUUUUUUUGAGAGAAAACCUGUCAGUCUAACUGCACUUUUAAGUGUUCCAAAAGCUCCUGAUUUGCAGAAUAAAUCUUUUCCUGCACCAAAAGAUACAACUUCUGCGAGGGCUGCUGCUAUGGCUGCUACACGAGACCAUGAACGCUUGGCGAGGAUUGGUUCUGCUAAAGGUCUUAGUGCUGUAGCAAUGGCAACGUCAGCGCAAAGGAGGAAUGAAUCUGAUCUUGAGCGUGCUAAGAGGUGGAAUACUACAGAGGCCAUGGAAAGUGCAUGGACUCAUUGCAUCCAGUCAGUUGACUUGAAGCCAAUAUUGCGAAAAGAGUAUUCUACAUUACAGAAUAAUUACACCAGUUUAUUGGUUGAGAGCUUAGCUCUAAUACGAAACAUGCAGCAUAUGGAGAUUAGUAGACGUUCCCAAGUUCAUGCUUUAGAACAACUACGCACAUUCAUUGGGGGUAGAGCAUGGAGGAAAUUUAUUCACUCCCUUAUUGAAAUGGACAGACUCUUUGGUCCGUUUACUGAUAACUUGUCUACUCAGCGAGUCUUCUGGAAACUAGACUUUAUGGAAGGUUCUUCAAGGAUGCGGAGGUGCUUCAAAAGAGACUACCAUGGGUCUGAACAUUUGGGGGCAGCUGCUAAUUAUGAAGAUCAUGUCUCACAGCCAAAAUCCGAUGGAACUUCUAUUGGAUGCAGCGAAAAUAGCAGAGAACCUUCAUUUACUGCUGAUAUUACCUCCACUGUUUCCAUUCUUGUGGCAGAGGCAAUUUCUAUUGAUGACGGAAAUGAAAGUGAGGAGCAAAUAGAAAAUGGUAUCCUUGACAAUAUGACUAAGACUGCAGAAAGUUUUACAGAUGAAAGCAAUGCCAAAACCUCUGCAGCUUCACUUGAUGUAGUACAGUCGAUGUCAGUAAUGGCCUCUAGACAUAUGCUAAAUGAUUAUGAUGAAAAACUUAUUCUUGAACUAUCUUCGUUGAUGGUGCGGCCGUUGAAGGUUGUGAGAGGAACUUUUCAAAUUACUACCAAAAGAAUUAAUUUUUUAGUUCAUAAGCACCGCAAUGGAAGUUCUAUGCUAGACCUAGCGGGCCCAAAUUGUCAUAAUGAGAAAGAUCGGAGCUGGUUAAUCUCUUCACUUCAUCAGAUGCACAGUAGAAGGUAUCUGCUUAGGAAAAGUGCUUUAGAAUUGUUUAUUGUUGAUCGGACUAACUUCUUCUUUGAUUUUGGGUCCACUGAAGUACGUAAGGAUGCCUAUCGUGCUAUUGUUCAAGCACAACCUCCUCAUUUGGGCAACAUUUAUUUGGCAACACAGAGGCCUGACCAACUAUUUAAGAGGAGCCAGCUUAUGGAGAAGUGGGCUCGGUGGGAGAUUAGUAAUUUUGAGUAUCUUAUGGAACUGAACACAAUGGCUGGACGCAGUUACAAUGACAUUACGCAGUACCCGGUUUUCCCAUGGAUCUUAGCUGAUUACUCUUCAAAGACAUUAGAUCUUAGUGAUCCUUCCUCGUAUCGAGAUCUCUCAAAGCCUGUUGGUGCAUUAAAUCCAGAAAGGUUGAAGAAGUUCCAAGAGAGAUACUCUGGUUUUGACGAUCCUGUUAUACCCAAGUUCCACUAUGGCUCCCAUUAUUCUACUGCAGGAACUGUAUUAUAUUAUCUUGUUCGAGUGGAACCAUUCACGUCGCUUUCUAUUCAACUUCAAGGCGGAAAAUUUGACCAUGCUGAUCGUAUGUUCUACGAUGUUGGGGCUACAUGGAAUUGUGUUCUUGAAGACAUGAGUGAUGUGAAAGAGUUGGUUCCAGAAUUGUUUUAUCUGCCAGAGAUUCUUACUAACGAGAACCGCAUUGAUUUUGGCACAACUCAACUUGGAGAAAAGAUAGAUUUUGUCAAACUGCCUCCAUGGGCUGCGAAUCCAGUUGAUUUUAUUCAUAAGCAUAAGAUUGCACUUGAGAGUGAAUAUGUAUCUGCACAUCUUCAUGAGUGGAUUGAUCUCAUUUUUGGAUACAAGCAACGAGGAAAAGAAGCUGUUCAAGCUGAUAACACGUUCUUCUACAUCACAUAUGAGGGUGCAGUUGAUAUUGAUAAAAUUACUGACCCUGUACAACAACGUGCUACUCAAGACCAGAUUGCCUAUUUCGGGCAAACUCCAUCCCAGUUGUUAACAAAUCCACACAUGAAGAGGAUGCCAAAAAAAGAGGUUCUGCACCUUGAGAGUAUCUUCUGCAACCCCAAUGAAGUGAGGCCAUAUGCUGUUCCUAACUCAGGUCGUUGCAAUUUACCCGCUUCUUUUGUUCAUGCAUCCCAAGACUCUAUUGUAGUUGUCGAUAUGAAUGCCCCUGCGGCACGUGUGGCAAUGCACAAAUGGCAACCCAAUACUCCCGAUGGCCAGGGAACACCUUUUCUAUUUCAACUUGGAAGGCCUGUGGCAAGUUCCACCGGUAGUGCAUUUAUGCGCAUGUUUAGAGGAUCAGGAGGCUCUGCUUCAGAAGAAUGGCAAUUUCCCCGUGCAUUUGGAUUCGCUGCAUCAGGAAUCCAGAGUUCAGCUGUAGUUGCUGUCACUUGUGACAAAGAAAUUAUUACAGGUGGACAUGCUGAUAAUUCUGUCAAGAUCAUAUCAGCAGAUUUAGCUAAAACCAUUGAGACAGCAAGAGGACAUAGCGCACCUAUAACUUGUCUUCAUCUAUCUCCUGAUAACAACUAUUUGGUUACUGGAUCUCGUGACACAACAGUUUUACUUUGGAAAAUACAUAGAUCAUUUCCUUCAGCUUCUCAAAAUUCUUCCAAUUCAUCCAUCAAUACACCAAAAUCUUCCUCAAAUCCUCAAAAAACCAGCAGCAGCUCCAACACUCCUACAGACAAGAGCAGGAAAUGCAGAAUUGAAGGUCCUGUACAUGUUUUACGAGGUCAUCUUGGUGAGAUAAUUUCAUGUUCCGUCAGUUCCGAACUCGGUAUCAUCGCUUCAUGUUCUCUCGCUAGUUGCAUUCUCUUGCAUUCAUUGCGAAGAGGUCGUCUGAUUCGGAAGCUAUUAGUCAAGGCGGAUUCGGUCUGCCUCUCAUCUCAGGGACUCAUAAUCACCUAUAGCAAGCCGGAUCGGAUGAUACGCACCUUCACGAUUAAUGGGAUUUUUGUCGAUUCAGCAGUUAUUUCGCCUUUUCCUUUCCCGGGAAUUAUCAGUUGUAUUGCGGUCUCUGCUGAUGGAGAAUAUGCUCUCAUCGGGACUUCUUCCAGUGCUAAUCAGCAAAACUACCAACUUUAUUCUCAAGCCGGUCAUUCAUCAUCAAUGGAGAAACCCAAAAAUAGAAUAGCAAUUCAUGUACCUUCAAUAUGCUUCCUGAAUUUGCAUACUCUGGAGGUCUUUCAUACGCUGAAGCUUGCUGAAGGUCAAGAUGUCACUGCAAUCUCUCUUAAUCAGGACAACACUAAUCUACUUGUUUCAACAGCAGAUAAGCAGUUGAUAGUCUUCACUGACCCAGCUUUGAGUUUGAAGGUGGUGGAUCAGAUGCUAAAGCUUGGUUGGGAAGGCAGUGGGCUUACACCACUUAUGAAAUAGUACUCUCUUAUGCCUUCAAUGAAGUUUUAUGCCUCACCUUGAUCAUCUGAUUGGAAUUCAAUGAACUUUUAUUUAUGAAGAAGAAAUUUUGUAGUUUUGCAUGUAAAGGUUACAAUAUCAAUAUCAGAACCAGAUGCAAUGAUGAAGUUUCUCUCGAUCUCCAGGCUUCUGGGAUGCAUUUUUUCCAUCUCGUUUGAGUAGGGGAUGAGGUAUUCUAAGAGCUGGAUUGGAAAGUACCAAAAGAAAGAAAAUUUGGAGUAAAAGGAGGGUUGUACAUGUAAAACAACAUAUUUUUUUUUGGCUGAGCUGAUUUUAUGAAUAGGAAAAGGCUAGAGUAGGAAAAAGGAAUGAGGCUAGCCAUUGAUUCAUGUGAGCAGUCUUUACGGUGUAAGAAUGCUAUUCUUUGUUUAAACUUGAGAAAAAUUCUU